CAAAACAAUGACAGGAAUCAAUCUGCUGUAUCAUGAGUACAUUUUGCUGCAAGUUUUCUUCUUAAAGUAAGUUUUACAUAUAAAGGUGCAUUUUUAUAUUGUAGUAUUACAAUAUAAAAGAAAAGUAUUACACUUUUACUUAAGAAGCAGAUCUGAAUAUGUCUUCUACCACAAUAAUAUCACAUACUUUACCUAGUUUUCCUUCCAUAGUUUUUGAAAUGUCAUGAAAUUGUAUUUGCUUGCUUCUGUAAUACCAAGAUUUUGACAGAUUUAACACACAUAACCUACAUUUCAGUAUUUUCUGUCCUUUCUUCAUUGUUGUGUUGCCGUUAACAAGCUAAAUGUCACACAGUCUAGUGUAUAGUAGAUGUGCAUUUAUCACAACAGGCUGUUUUUAAUACUUGGUAUUUGUGAUACAAGAAGGGCAUCAUGUUUGCAUUCCUAAGCUAAAAUGUUCCUCUUACUAAAGUCAUGUGCAAACGCUCCUGGACAGGAAAAUAACAACUCUUGCUGACUCAUCCAUGUGUGUUUUAUUCUUUUGUUUUUCUCCCAAGGGGACUAAUGCCACGGACGCUAGACAGCCAGAUCACAUUAGAAAAGACUCGUUACUUUGUCACCAGAGAGGCACCCAGACGCAUCUCCAACAUGUCCCAUGGGACCAAGCUGAUUGUUGUGGUGCGUAACCCAGUCACAAGAGCAAUCUCCGACUACACGCAGACUCUUUCCAAGAAGCCCGACAUCCCUACGUUUGAAGAGCUGGCCUUUAAGAACCUAAGCCUUGGUCUCGUCGACUCUUCCUGGAACGCUAUUCGGAUUGGGAUGUAUAUUCUGCACCUGGAGAACUGGCUGCAGUAUUUUCACCUUUCGCAGAUGCAUUUUGUGAGCGGGGAGCGGCUGAUCACGGAUCCGGCAGGGGAAAUGGGCCGCGUUCAGGACUUUUUAGGACUGAAAAGAAUAAUCACAGACAAGCACUUCUACUUUAAUCGAACCAAAGGCUUCCCCUGUCUAAAGAAGCCGGAGAGCAGCAGCCAGCCGCGCUGCCUCGGCAAAUCCAAGGGCAGGACUCACGUACAGAUCGACCAGGAGGUCAUAGAUCAGCUGCAGGAGUUUUAUAGGCCAUUUAAUAUCAAAUUCUAUGAAACUGUGGGACAAGACUUCAAGUGGGAUUAAGAGUGCCGUACAGAAACAGGGCUGUUUUUAAAAUGGCUACCUCUGGAGACAUUGAAAUACAAAUGAGAGUGUCUUCAACAAAAUGUGUUCAAAUGACUUGAAUUGAGCUAUGUAUAGAUUGACAAAAUUUAUAUAGAAUAAGAUACAACUCAGACAUUAAAAUAAAAACAUAUGAAAGGUGUUACAUACUGGAGUUGGGUCACAACAAUUGCCAUUUCUUUAAAAUAUAUAUAUACAAAACCAAGUGUUCUUGACAUAUGGAUUCAUCAACAGGCAGGGUUAAUGAUUAACCAAGUCAAUAGCAAGCAAUAAUCACAAUGCCUUCAUGUCAUUUAGUCACACCAGACCUACAUUAAUGACGUUGUUUGAAUAUUCAUUGCCUAGAUUGCUUAUUUAUUCAUAAUUUCUGCACAAACUGAACCAGCAGCUUUGCCAUUAAAAUGAGCUCUCAACAUGAAGUUCCAGCAAAAUGUCAAAUGAAUAAUCAAAUCAGCCUGUUAAUUAUUCUGCAAUGAAACUUAUUGACAAAAGUUCAUAGGCAGCAGUGACAAAUAUGCUGAAUAAAUGUACUAUAACUGAGAAGGAAAACUCAAUAUGUAAAGAUAGAUGCUAUAACACUGAUAAAGGUUUACUGCUUGUUGAAUUUCAGCUCUUUCUGUGUCAGUAUUUUUGUUGUGAUCAUCCAAAUAAAAGGCAGAAUUCUUAAAUUCAAGUAUUUAUUUGAAAUAUUUUCUACUACAUACCUACACGUAAAGUAAGUAGCAGUGUUUUUUUCUUAAGAUGCCAAGUUAUAGUAUGCAGUGAUAUUUAUUCCCUAAAUGUGUGGUGUAUUCUUGUCCUCCUAAUAUAGGUCAGUAUCUAAUGUAACAAAACAAGUGCAGCACAUACAUUUUGGGGUUUUCAUAACACCUGAUGUCAGUCUCUGUGACAGGUACUUAAUUCAUAACCUAAUGACUCAUGCUAAAGUUACUAAAGUCUAUAUCAAAGCUUGCAACCUGCCCCAUCUUCAAAGUUCUCCACACAAAAGUUACAUUCAGAAUUCAUGUGAUUUAGGAAUUUACCUGCACAUUUGAGCAUGACUUUCACCCCCAUCUCCUGGCCAUAUUUCAAGGAAUUAACUUUUGUAUUGAGCCUGUUGAAAGAUAUAUCAUUCCUUACCAAAUGCUGCC